AUGGGUGAUGCAACUAAAAUAAUCAAGUAUGUGAGCGUCUCUGCUGGAGGAAGAUACUGGUGCAGAGCACAACGAGGAGAAUACUACAGCGAGUACAGUAGUGCAGUUGAGAUAACAGUAAGAGUGAGACCCAAACCUGUAGUUCAUGUUCAUCCUGAUGAAAAUGUGUUCAGAGGAGAGACGGUCACUCUCACAUGUGACAUACAGGAGACAGUGUAUUGGUCUUAUGGAGGUGUGUACAGCUGUGGAGGAGUUCAGUCAAGAGACCCGCAGUACUCACAGAUGAGUGAUGGAGUCACACUGACAGUAUCAGAUAAACUGCAGCCGACUCUGACUGUAAAUCCUCAGAGUUCAGUGUUCACUGGAGACACAGUUACUCUGAGCUAUGAAGAGAGACCAAAACCUGUAGUGACGGUGACUCCAGAUCAGCGUGUGUUCAGAGGAGAGACAGUCACUCUCACAUGUGACAUACAGGGAGGAGGAAACUUUCAGUGGACAUACAGCUGGUUCAAAGAUGCUUCUGUCAUCAGACACGUCACCGAGAGAGUCUACACCAUCACAUCUGUGUCUGAUAAUAGUGGUGAAUACAGCUGUAGAGGAGAGAGAUCAGACUCACAGAGAUCAGACACCAGUGCUGCUGUUACACUGACUGUAUCAGGUGUCUCUCCUUCAGUGUCUCUGGUGGUCAGUCCCAGCAGAAGUCAACACUUCUCAUCUGACUCUCUCUCUCUGAGCUGUGAGGAUCAGAGUAACUCUACUGGAUGGACAGUGAGAAGAUACACAGACAGAAACACAGAAGAUUGUUCAAAACUAACAGGAUCUACAUGUCAAAUCGUCUCUCUCAACACAUCUGACGCUGGAGUUUACUGGUGUCAGUCUGAAUCUGGAGAGAAACGUCAUCCUCUAAACAUCACUGUUCAUGAUGGUGAUGUGAUUCUGCUGAGUUCUGUUGAUCCUGUGAUUGAGGGAGAUACUCUGACUCUACACUGUUUACAUCGAUCUACAAACUCCUCGAUCCUCAGAGCUGAUUUCUAUAAAGACGGAUCACUCGUCCAGAAUCAGACGACAGGAGAGAUGAACAUCACGACUGUCUCAAAGUCACAUGAGGGUCUGUACUACUGUAAAACAGAGAGAGGACAGUCACUGCACAGCUGGAUCUCAGUCAGAGCAGCUUCAUCUUCUCUUCUGGUCACUGGUGUGGUUGUGGGAUUGAGUGUUUGUCUGUUGUUCUUCCUCUCACUGCUGCUGAUGUGGAGAUACAAGAAGAACAAAGAUCAGCAGCGUAACAUUAACCAGACAUCAGUCCCAAAUCAAUCUGCACAAUCUCAACUGGAAAACUAUCCUCUACAGUCUGCAGGUUCUGAUCACAUUUAUGACGACGUGACUGAAGUGAAUAAGAGAGACAGAGAUGAUCCAGAGCCCUCGGCAGAGGUCACAUAUUCAGAGGUCACUGUUAAGAAAAAGAUGGACAAAGGUAAUACUAAGGCAGAGUCAAAUAAUGUGACAUACUCAGAAGUUAGAACAAAAGGAAAGAAAUGCAAAAGUAAAGAUAUUAAUACUGCAGGACCCAGUGAUUUGACUUACGCACAGAUCAAUGUAUGCAUUGAUCUGUCAAUUCGGUGCAAACAAACUGCAUCUAAACACAACUGUCUGAAUGAUUAUAGUGAUUUUAUAAUAUCAGGAAAAUAA